AUGGCGAGCUUGGCGUUUGAGAACAUAAACUCUGCGGACUUGCCACCCGUUGAAAAUGAGAUUCAAGAAGGCGCGCCGUCCUCGGCCUGGCGCGACUUGAGGAAACCGAAACUGCGGCGGUUCCCGAGACACGGCGCCGAGAUUACAUGGCUCAAUUAUCUCGGCCACGGAAUAGCAGGGCUCGUAUUCAAAGUCACCAUCGGCGUCGGUGACCCGGUAGCCCUCAAAAUUGCAAGCCUCCCCCUCUCCUGCCCACCGAACCCCGACACUGACAAGUUCCAGUUCUGGCGGGCACGGCGCCCCGAACCUCGCCCCCGGCCCAACGGCGACGGCUUCAUCCAGGACGAGUGGCCGUUCGAGGACGAAUGCCACAAUGUCGCCCUGCUGGAGAAGCUCAAGUGGCUCAUCACCACCGCCGACGUAGACCGGCCGCUUCCUAUCCUACGACGGCCAAAAACCGUGCAUGACAUCGUCGCCAACCUACGUAGCUUCAGCGACGAAGCCCGUAACUCGCCACUCCAAACCCUACUACCCGAUAACCCUAUACCGAUGCCACCCGUCCCCGCGCUUACGGAAUGCUAUGGCUGGACGACUCACUGGGCACUCGUAUACGAGCUGGUACCAGAUACGCCGCAGGAUCUCGCCGUCGGCCAAGGGCAUCUGGACUUUUUCUACGCCAUAGGGUUUGUGAUGGAGGCGUAUAAGCCGGACAAUUGGCGCGGGGGUCGGUUGGUUGAUUUCAAUGAUGUGUCGGCUCCGUUUAGCACGGGGUGGAGGCCGUCGGCCGUCGUGCCACGCGACGCGGGGGCGUGGUUUUGGACGUUGGGGUUCGAGAAUGAGAGGAGGAUAGAGCGUAAGAUUGUCACGGGGUCAAGGGCACAGCGGGGCGAGGGCCGGGGAGAAGCGCCGUUGCCGUGGACAAGGGUGGCUGGCAAUGGACAGAGCAAAUGCUUGGAGUCCAGAGUUUCGGGUCGAAUUAAGUGA